AUUUUAGGAUGGCUGACUGGAAGGAUAAUGAUGAUCUUCCAAUGCAAGCAGAAAAGACGUUUUUUAGUCACCCAAUUGAUAACUUGGAUUUGGACCCUUUCCACUUGGAAUCGAAUGGACAGAUAAGCAACUGUGACAUAGAUCAAACAGACUCGUUCAGUAUCAGCACUCUUAAAGUAGAGCUUGGAGAACUACAAGAGGUGCAGGAUGACAAGAGUGAAACCAAGGAGGAUAUCGCUGCAAGAUUUUCCUACAUCAUUGGAGCCCCACAAUCACUAUCAACGAAAGAAAGCCAGAAUAACCUGACGUAUUUCAACAAGGGGCAAACCUAUGAAAUGACAUUCAAAUGUAACACUCCAAACCUUUACUGUGGUUACAUGAUUGAGUCAAAUGUGUUACUGCGACUCCAAGAAAAGAAGCUACAAGCCAAGGAACGAGAGAUGUUUGAUCAGUGGAACAGUGAGAACAAUUGCAGACUUCUUGAAGCUGUAAGCUCUACAUGUGUAAAUACAGAGUCAGUAACGAACGAUACUCUCAAUCCUAACAGUGUACAUGUUGUUUGGAAUCCUGCCAAGGUUGGCUCUCUCUUUAUCAAGGUCCACUGUCUGAGCGGCGACUUCACAAAAAGGAAGCACAGCGGGGAAAAGGGAGUGCCGUUCUUACUAUCUGUGGACACGUACAUUCACAAGACAGAGAAACCUAGCCGAUACCUCGGAACUUCUGCGUGUGUCCUGAAAAUAUUUCAGAAUAAAGGUGCAGAAAGAAAACACAGGAACGAGACAAAACAGGUUUCCAAACUUACUGAGGAAGAGAAGGGCCAGUUAGCGAAUCCGUCCGAUGUAACUCAUUUGAAGCCCAUAACGAGAACAUUUGAUGUAUCAAGCUGCAGCUACAGUGAAGCUUACAAUACGUCCGCCUACUAUGCUGACAAUAGCAAAUUGUCGGACAAUUACUCUGACCCUGAUAACGAGCUCAACUCCCCCAAGAAGCCCUGUAUCGGAGAAAGUCGUGACUCUUGGACCCUCACCUCUCGCUCCUCAGUUCACGACACUCUGCGGUGGUUACGCAACAACCGCUUCAACGGCCACAUCAAAACAUUCAACAACUUCUCCGGAUUUGAUCUGCUAAGACUGUCCCGGAACGAUCUGACGGAUCUGAUCGGAGCUACGGACGGUAUCAGGCUACACAACGCGCUGCAGAACAAAGCAGUAACUUCUAAACUGUGUCUGUACGUUAUGCUGGAAGGUACACCCAACGCAGUGCACCAGGCUGUUUAUCUGGAGAGUCUAACUUACCGGGAACUGGUUGGGAACAUUUGUGGAGCCUUCAGUCUGGAUCCCAACUCAGUGGGGGCUGUUCAGAAGAGUGGACCUAAUGGGAUUAAUAUCUGUGUAACAGACGAAGUAGUAAGACACUUGGAGAAUGACACGUGUUUUAAGUGUUCUUUGUUACCGACUGACAGAGCUGAGUUGUUCAUCAUGGACCUGAGAUGAAGUGAGUAGUGAUAAGAAUGUGUCUAAUAACAUGGCAUACUGUUAUCUACUAUAGAACGAAGAGUUGAGGAUUUGUGAAUUAACAAAUCGAUAUCAGUUAGUGGAAACUACAAGUGCGUGAAGUGAUAACAGUCCUUCCGUUAUGUUUGUGACCCUUAUCAUCGAAUAUUGCAUUGCGGUUCUGUAAUCAAAUCUCCGUCAUAUUGGUGGAAACUGGAACCUCAUUUUCUUAAUCACCUAAACACUUGAGAUGUUAAUUAUUUCUAGAGAAAGUUUGAAAACGGACUAGAUUAAGAGUGUAGUUUAUUUAUUUAUACUACUACAUUGUUCAUCCGUGAUUAAGUCACGAGUUUAUAUCAAGUGUUUUAGUGAUCCGUUCAACUGUCAGGAGCAUUUGUUGAAGGUUGAAAUCUAUCCGGGAGUAUGUAGAAUAUAAGCUGGGAGAAGCUAAGUUACUUGGGAGCUUGUGGGAAUUACUUAAAAUGGGGGUGGGGGGUCUACUAGCCCGAAACUAAAUGUUUUAAUAUUUACAGCAUUCCAUGUUAUAGAAAGAUGAAGCUGCUUUCUAUGUUGGAAGAAUAAUCGAUUAAAUUUUCCCUGUCUGGUAUAAAUAAUAUGGCAUGAAGUAAACUUGAACAGCUGUUAAUUUGAAAUUAAUUUUACUUGUAUAUUAUAUUUUCAUGCAAUGUUAAUUUAUUGU